AUGCGUUGGCAACUCACAACCCUUGUAUUUCAAUCCUUGCUGCUGCUGGCAGCAGCAUCGGACAAGUAUUGCAGUGGUGAAUACUCACAUGGUGGCGACCAUUGCAAAAAAUUUGAGUUUGAUUCAACCACGGACGAGGAAAAGUGCGGCUCUAGCAGUGGUUCCAAGCAUGGUGAUAAUAGCGUCAAUGGCAUCAAAUUAAGCAAUUGCACCACAUUUUACGACAUUUCUGAUCUGCCAGACCAAGACAUUGACGAUCAUACAACUAAAAUGGCUCAGCUUAUCACCAAUGUGUUUGAAAAUGGGGGAACGAGCAUUGGUUAUGGGUAUGUGGAGAACAUAAAAGAUUGUCGUGGUUACACAAGUGGCUACAUUGGCUUUACGACGGGUACCAAUGAUGCCUACACGGUGGUGAAGCAAUACUUGAAGCACAAUCCCAAAUCCAAGCUUCGUAAGAGUCUCAAAGAGCUUAAACGGUUGAGCCAAUUAGACUUUGGAGAUAGUGGUCGAGCUGAUACAUCCAAACUUGACAAGCAUGGAUACAUGAAGGCAUGGCAACAUGCCGCUUGCUAUGAUGCACGUUUUAUUCAAACUCAAUUGGACGUGGGUCAUGCCAUGUAUUUGAAACCUGCCAUGAAGUAUGCUGCAAGUGUGGGUGUCCAUUCUAACCUUGGCAAGGCCUUUUUUUACGAUACGAUCGUGCAACAUGGAUGGCAGUACGUUGAGCCGCAGAUCAACCUUCCCAGAAUUCUUCAACUAACGGGUGCACGUCGGGCCAAUGAGAGUGAAAAGGAUUAUCUUGCUCGUUUUCUCAAGACUCGCCGUCAGCUACAAUGUUGCUCUCCUAGCAGUGUUUGGAACGAGUCUGCCGACCGAGUUUCUGAUCUACAAAAACUACUUGAAGAUUGGGAUAGGAACAAGGACCUGAAACAUCCCGUCAAACUAGAUGCAUUUGGAGUAAAAGUCAAGGGCACGGAAGACCUAUUGUAUGAUAGCGAAAAUUGCAAGCAUAAGCCAAAGCAUUCCAAAGGUGUGAAACCCACCGAUCUUCCCAUCCCAGAUACUUGUCCCAAUCCAUUGAUGUCAUAA